UGAAGCUCGGCCAGAGUCGCCGCAACGGCAGACGCUUCCCUCUCGGCGUUGCCGCGUGCCAUGGGGUCGUGCUCGUUGCGAGACCGCGAGACGCGUUGGCGACGGUGAUGACGUUUUGGGGGGAGAAGGUGCAACCCUUCUCCUAGAUAGUAUUGUUGGUCGACGGCAGUCGGAGAGUUUCUCUCGACCGGGUUAUCGUGCUGCACCAGCCGGUCGGUUUAUUCCGCGGUGACUCUUCCGUCGCCUAAAUCGAGUUUAAAAACAUUUCAGAAGGCGGCAGAAGUGGGUUAUUCCGCGCGCCUUUCCGAGCGCCCCGAACGAAGCGUCGACGGGUGAAAGAUGAAGCUCCUGGGCGUUCCGGAUUGGAUCAUCUUGGUGGCGACAGCCCUCGUCCUGCUCUACUUGUAUGCAGCCCGACACAGGAAUUACUGGAAAGAGCAGAAUGUCGUCCAGGAAGACUUUUCACUCAUAUUUGCCACAGCAAAACGAAUAUUGUUCAAGCCCUUUCAUAAAAUGGACCUUGAUAGGUACACCAAAUACGGGAGAUUGUUUGGAGUGUACGAGGGCGGGAAGCCCGUGCUCUUCGUGGGUGACCCGGAAUUGGUGAAGCUCGUACUGGUCAAGGACUUCCCUUCUUUGCCCAAUAGGAGGGUGAGUAGGAGAUUCGGAGUUGAAAUUCUGCAUAUUGAGUGCGCUCAAUCAACUGCUUGUGCAGUGCUCACCAAAUUUAUAUGGGACACGCGAACGGUGUCUUUAUCUCCAGGCCGUAUAUAGGUUCCGGUGUUUAUU